AAAGACCCGAUCCUUUUAGUCACUUAGUCACUUUAAACUUUCAUUUUCUCCUCCUGUCGAGGUAGAAUUUUUUCAAAGAAGUGGAAUAGAAUCCAUUCCUAACCCCUAAACAGCCAAUUAGCUACCGGUUGCGUACCUCCGUCAUCCCGGCCAUAUUGACACCGCCGGUGGCUGGUGGCUAGCAGCAAAGCCCGCAUUUCUAGACGCAACAGAGGCAAUAAUCGCAAUAGAUAAAAGAUGGCUGCCCUUCGCCAUGGAGCCGCUAUGAGGCCCCUUUCUUCUAUCUCAAGACCUGUCAUCUCUCGAGCCCUAACACGUCAGCUUUCUGUUUCGAGCGCAAGGAUGGUUUCUAGCUUCUACCCCGGCGAGCCUGAGGCUCCUACAGUGAAGACGGACAUUCCCGGUCCGGCUGCUAAGGAGUACAUCGCCAAGCUGGACAAAGUCUUCGACACCCGAAGCUUGAACAUGCUUGCUGAUUACACUAAGAGUGUCGGAAACUACAUUGUCGACCCUGAUGGAAAUACCCUGCUCGAUGUUUACGCCCAAAUCGCCUCGAUACCCGUCGGGUACAACAACCCAGUUCUGAAGAAAACUGCUGAGAGCCCUGAGAUGGUUACAGCGCUUAUCAACAGACCCGCAUUGGGUAACUUCCCUUCACAUGACUGGGCCGAGAUCUUGGAGACAGGUAUCCUCAAGGUAGCGCCUAAGGGACUCAACCAGGUCUUCACGGGAAUGGCUGGAUCGGACGCGAAUGAGACAGCUUUCAAAGCUGCCUUCAUGUGGCGACGACAGCGCGAACGUGGCGGCCCCAGUGUCGAGUUUACACAGGAGGAGCUGGAUUCUUCCAUGUUGAACCAGACACCCGGUGCCUCAGAACUGUCCAUCCUAUCCUUCAAGACAUCCUUCCACGGCCGCCUCUUUGGUACCCUCUCGACGACUAGAUCGAAGCCUAUCCACAAGUUGGAUAUUCCGGCCUUCGAUUGGCCUCACGCCACCUUCCCUCAGCUCAAGUACCCUCUUGAGGAACACGCUGCGGAGAACGCUCAGGCGGAGGCUGACUCCCUCGCCGAGGUCGAGCACCUCAUCUUAAACUACCACAUCCCUCCCGCCGCCGUCAUCGUAGAGCCCAUCCAGUCCGAGGGCGGUGACAACCACGCCUCUCCCGCUUUCUUCCGGGGCCUGCGCGCUCUGACCAAGAAGCACGGCGUCCUCCUCAUCGUCGACGAAGUCCAGACGGGCGUCGGCGCCACCGGAAAGUUCUGGGCCCACGACCACUGGGACCUGCCCGAGCCGCCAGACAUGGUGACUUUCAGCAAGAAGGCGCAGACCGCAGGCUACUACUACGGAGACCCAUCCCUGCGACCCAACAAGCCGUACCGCCAAUUCAACACGUGGAUGGGCGACCCGGCACGCGCGCUCAUCUUCCGCGCCAUCAUCGACGAGAUCCAGCGCCACGACCUUGUAGCCAACACGGCCAAGGUCGGCGACUACCUUUACGCCAAGCUCGAGGGUCUCGCGAAGAAGUACCCCGGCCAAUUCGACAACCUGCGCGGCAAGGGCCAGGGUACCUUCAUCGCCUUCGACAACCCCAAGCGCGAUGACUUCCUCAAGAAGGCCAAGAAAUUCGGCAUCAACAUCGGUGGCUCGGGCGAGCGUGCAGUCCGCCUGCGCCCCAUGCUGAUCUUCGAGAAGCAGCACGCCGAUAUCCUGGUCAAGGCCCUCGAGAAGGUCGUCUCUAGCUGAUUUCGUUUCAUCUUCUCCGAUGACGAAAUAAAGUAGGGAUAUUUUUCUCCAUCCUUUCCCUUUGGAUAAACAUAUGUGGUAGGAUACGGGAGCCUACCUACCUGGCGCGGAACUUGGAAACUUGGAAACUUCGGGGUAUGCGGGUAAGCGAUGAGGGGAGGAUGAAGCUGCAGAAAGAAAGCCACAUUGGACAAGAAAGGGGAAAAGAUUAUCAACGUCCCGUCCGCCCAACACUUUUUUGCCCCCCCCUUCCUUCCUUCUUUCUAAAAUUUUUCUUUUUUGUUUUCCACCAUACUUGCGUAAAAUGGAAUGGGCGGCAAUACGUGCAUUGAUCCGGAUCACCACUUAAUUACCCGAUACGUUCGGGAAGGGCGAGCCACGCGACGGGUUACGGAGUUGAAAUUGGGAAUCGUCUCUGCAU